AUGUAUCUAGUCGUCUUUUUUCAGGCAAAAUUGGAACGGGUAUUAGGUUGCACAGCUAUUUCACGGUCGUCAGUAUCGGUGGACGACAACAAAGGCAUUGUAGCCUAUCCGGCUGGGGCUACUGUCAUUCUUUACAAUCCAAGAAAUAACGCCCAAGCCCAUUUAAUUGGUACAACGAAAAACAGCAUAACAUGCUUAUCGUUCUCUCUCUGCGGGCGAUACAUCGCUACUGGAGAGACUGGACAUGAGCCUCGAUUACGAGUUUGGGAGCUUUACGAUGCAAAAGGUCAAUUCGCUUUCACCCAGAUUGUUGACAUAAAACAUCAUCAACUAGGGAUCAGUUGUGUGCGCUUUACACCUAAUGGAUACUUGGUGUCAGUAGGAAAUCAACAUGAUCGUUCUAUCGUGGUUUGGGAUUGGCGAGUACAACAAAAAAUUGCUGAAAAUCGUUUAACUUCAAAAGUUAAUUCAAUUGACAUUACAGAACAAGGUGGGUGUGUGACGGUAGGAGUCAGACACGUCAAAUUUUGGCAUGUUGCAAGGAAAUCAGAGAGUUCGAAGAGUGUACCUUUGCAGGGUCGUUCAGCAAUUUUAGCUGAUCAGCGAAAUAACACUUUUUUGGAUGUUUGUUGCGCUCCCAAUAAUCGAACAUUUUCAGUCACGGAAACUAGUCUUUUGAUUGAAUUCCACGAUAAAAAGUUAGUGAAUACCUAUGAUUUGCACAGCGAAGUUCCACGGUCGAUAGUGCUUGGAAUUGGUGAAUUAUUUAUUGGAUUCAACAAUGGUUUUAUAAGAUGUUUAGAUAUCGUGACAAUGAAGCAUAAAUUUACAUUCUGUAAACCGCACUAUUUAUUAUGUGAUGUUGCGGAAGGUGUAAAAGAAGAUGCACUGUCACCUAAUUCACAUCCAACAGGGUGCAGGUACCCGGAUGUGCGAGCAUUAACAUAUAACAAAAAGACUGGAAUGCUUACUGUUAUUUAUAGCGACAGGUCCAUUUAUACAUGGCAACGAACGGAUCGUGGUAUUCUCAAGAUUUCCUCACAGCUUUUUCAUGUUGGACCAGUGAUUUCACUGGAGGUUUAUCCGCCAAAUUUUGAAUGGUUACCACAAGGUUCAAUCAUGACGGGUGGUACGGAUCAAACUAUUCGCAUAUGGAAUGUGGAUCAUCUAUUAAGAUCGUUUGAUGAGAGUAAACGGACUUCGUUGCCAUAUGCAAAUGUGUUUUCGGAGGACUUGAAAAAGGUCAUUUUCAUCACCAAUAAUGAUUCUCAACUUAGCGAAUCACCGGAUGAAGUUUUUGGAGCAUCCAUAUCUGAUACAGGCAGUGGCGUUAAAUCUUUGAAAGUAAGUCCUAAUGGUAAACAUCUGGCGGCGGGUAGUCGAGAUGGAAAUUUGUCUAUUUAUGAUUUAACUACACCAACUAUGGAAGUGAUUGCAUUUUUUGAAGCACAUGAAAGCGACAUUAUGUGUGUGGAGUAUUCUGACCCACAAAGUCCUCGUUAUCUGUUAGCUACUGGAAGUCGAGAUCGCGUGGUGCACUUGUUCGACCCACUUAAUGGCUAUCGACCAUUAGCAAGUAUUGAUGAUCAUACAAGCACUGUGAACUCCAUACUUUUUAUAGAGGAAGCAGGUAAUCUACAUCUCAUAAGUUCUGCUGCUGAUCGUUCAAUUGUAAUUAGAAAGAUGGUCGAUUCAAAACCAUCUUCGGUAACUUUUUCACGUAUAAACCACAUAAAGUCUCAAUUUGGGUUGAAUUAUGUCGUGCUAAGUGCGGAUGGAAUGGUUGCCGCCUGCCAGGAUCGUCAGCUUCGGACAUAUUCGUAUCAGGGAAAGCUUAUAAAGCAGAUCAAAGGCGCUGCAAGUGAUGAUGGACAGCUUACCAGGGUACGACUGGAUCCAUCAGGAAUUUAUGCCGCAACAGUAUGUACAAAUCGAAAUGUGUAUAUCAUUGAUGUUGCCACUGGAGAAUUUGUUGCCGUAUUGACAGGUCAAUCUGAUAACAUCACAGAUAUUGCUUUUUCCCCUGAUUGCAGGCGUUUAUAUGUUGUAUCCUACAGUGGAUGCAUUUUCGUUUGGCGAUUCUCCAAUUUUCUUGUCAACAAAAUGAUGGCCGUCUCACGUAAAUGCCAAAUCACCAGGAAUACUGCCACCGUAGGAAUGGAAAAACUUUGUGAACGGUCCGAAACACCUGACAGUUUAUUGGGGAGUGGCAGUGAUGCAGCUGGUGAUGAACACAUGGAGUAUACACGAAAUACGAAGGUGAAAGAUUCAGAAUCGGAAUUUGGUUCACUAGGCAGCAUUAAAAUUGGUGAUGAAGAUUCGGAUAGUUGUAUGGGACGGAAGCCAACAACAAUGAUUAUCAAUACUCUAUUCAGCAGUGUGAUUACGGAUGAUGAUUUCGAACUGAAGCGGGUGACAACAGAAGUUGUGAGGCGUAGUACGAGUGGGAUAAUGAAUGAACAACUUAGCAGUUGGGAUACUGCUUCAACAGCUAAUGAUUUCUCCGAUGAUGAGCAAACACAACCAUCAAUAGCAACAAGCGCAGGCAGAUCUUCGAGGGCAAUGAACUUUGUCCAGCAGCAAUUGGGCGGUAAUGCAACCGUUGGAGGAGGAGAGGAUGCAUGCGCUCUAAGCAGUACAUCUUUAAAUUUACGAUAUACUCAGCUACCAGGGACAACUGCCGCAGUGAUGCACCCUAAUGCUGACGGAAAUAGUGCUGAUAUUGUUAAGGAAGGAAGUGCAGAUAGUUAUGGACCAUUAACCGUUGUGGCGGGAAACGAUGUUUUAAUACGAAAACAACGGAAAAAGUGGGAUGAUGUGGCAGUUCUCCCCAUUGGGGAUACACCGGCCUGUGUUUCAUCUUUGAUAUCAAAUUCAUUUGGCAUACCAUCCACUGAAACACACGUCUUUCCGUCAUCCACACAGCCAUCAUCAUCCAAGGAAAACGUAUUAGGUGGUUUUAUGAUUAUGAAUGGUAAUCAAAUACAAUAUUCACCGCGUUCAUCCGAGUGCAACAUUCAUAAAAAAAUACCGAAUUCCAUAUCAGCACCAGGAAUUGCUGAGCUGCAGCAGCACGUCUCCUCUUUUUCAAAACUCAGUAACACAAUGCGGAAUGCUGGAGAAUCUUCUGAGUCAUGCAGUACACUAGUUAAAGACUCAUCCUCUACGUUCCCUCAAUCUCCUAUUUCGACAUUUAAUCGAGCUAGCAUGGAGCGUUGUAGUUUAACAAAACGGCUGAAAGGAAUCAGGAACAGUGAGUCAGAGACAGUGUGGACGCCACCUUUGAUCGGUACAAGGCGAUCGGCAAGUAACAUGCAUUAUACUACGGUGUCAGGGCGAACAGUUCCAACAACACGACGAAAAUCCGAUUUGCACGUCACUUUGUCGCGUUUAUAUCAGCAGCAACAACAAGAAAAAAAUGAUUUAAGUACCACAGCCAUAGGUCGAGCUUUAAGUCCCCUGGCUCGUUGUCAAGCAAUUAAUGAUGUCAUCAAAAACCGACGAAUGACAACUGCAGGAGAAGAUGAUUACGCUUCAUCUGACCUCCAUUUACGUAGUCGAAGUCAAAGCCCUUCACAGCUUGCGCUCAAUGUUCUAGGAAACGGGAAACGGCAGCGACAAGAUUCUGAUAUGUCGACAUAUUCAGUUUUAACAAUAGCUUCUUCUCGCUUGACACCCUCAUCUUCACGGACAAAUCUUCGAACUGUCAAUCUUAACAAGCAGCAGUCAUCACAGACACUGAAUCGAUUGGCAGGAUUGCGUGACAGGUUGCGCAAAUCUCAGGAGAAUUUGGCUGGACCUCUAAGUAAUGAUGGUUUCGCAGCAGUUUAUCCAAACAUUAUGUCGCGUUCGAAAUCAUUCGGUAAUCUUCGGCUAACAGCCGCUGCACCGCAAAACGGAAAUCGACCUGGACUUGGUUCACUGCUUGGUAUUAAUAGCGAUGCUGGCAGAUCAUAUACAUCACGACUUAAUGCUAAUACUUUUCCUGUUGGUGCAUCCGGAUUGAACAUCCGAAAUCGUUUCAUUGCUCGAUCAGUAGGUAAUUUAUACAAUACUCAGGAAAGAAACGACGCAUUAACUGGCAGCAGUCUUUUGAGCCAAGCAGAAAUAUCUUUGAGUGCAAAAACUGAACGAAAUUUAGCAAAAACUAUCGAGAACCUGAAGAAAGCGAGCAACCCGGAUCUCUCGAAGUUUGAAGUUGGUGAAACAGUUGUUUUGUGUGAAACGGAAAAUGAACGAGAGCAUUUAUUUCCGUUAGCUCUUUCAACACGCAAUCAAAAGGGCAAAGGAGCAGUGCAGAAACGAGUUGAAAGAUAUCAGCCACGAAGUCGGGUAUCUCGAGAUACGACAAGUGGUGAAAGUGAUAGUAAUAGUUCGGAAGUUAAUGGAUCGCCGCUUCUGCAGGGUGGUGGGAUUGUCGGACAACAGCUUGCUUCACGACGAUACUUCACCACCAUUAAUGGCGCAAGCAGGAGUAUAUCAUGUGUUGAAAGUACGCCAAGGCAAAGCGUUCUUCAAACGCGUCGUAUUUUCGAACCGCAACAGCGGCACAUUUCUUCAAAUACUCAACGUCGAGCUCCGAGUUAUCUGGCUCAAAAACUGGCAAGUAGUGACAUAGUGGCACCAGAUGUGGCUAGCGAAGAAUAUUCACAGCAAUCAACUCCAUCCAGUGAAGCGGUAGCUUUCCAUGAUUUUGCUGCUAAAACUCACCAGUCAAAACGUAAGUGCUUAUUGUUAGAUUAA